AUGACUACUUUCAGCCCAGCUAGAUUCAUAGACUUUGACACUAAUGCAUUGAUAAGCAAAGAAAAAUGUAAUAUAGGGUUAAUAGAUCCCAGGUCUCAUCCUUUAGAAACUUCAUUAACUCAAGUUGGUCAGUCAUUCGAAUCUGUCACGACGCGGAUGGGUGUCAAUCCUGUGUUUCAAACCGUAUCCAUCGACCUAAAAGGAAUCCGUCUACCCAACCUGCUCGAAAACAAACUUAAACGAGUAGCUAUGCGGGAACAGCGGUUUCGGCGUCCAGGAAUGCUGUCUACACGGAUAAUCAUUGCUAAUUUCUCGCAACCUCCAACACGGAAAUUGCAAAAUCAAAUCACCUCAAUACCUGUACUUACAUCUGUCAAAACGCCAUACAUUAAAAAGGACAAAAUUGAACAACGUAAAGCCAUUACGUCGCUGAGACCUAUUCAUCAAAAUACCGAUCCAGAAAAGUAUGCUGCCGUCACAAUAAAUAGGGAUGUACCACAACGUCUGGCCAUGGAUCAGAAAGCUACAGACGAAGCUGAUCAAAGUAAAAAGAGUGUCGUAUCUGCAAUCGUUGAAUCUGACAAGCCCGACAUGACCAGUACCUUUUUUUUAAAUCAAGCAACCACUUUAGUCGGUAGACAACAUACAGUGGUUACUUCCCAAUUGGUAAAUUCCGUGCCAAAACCUCAACCUGCAAUAUCACGUUCACUUCGGAUAAAGUCAAAUAAAUCUGUACUUCUUGCUGGCUCAAGCCAAUCACACAUAGCAAAUUUGCAAAUGACUUCAGAACAUGCAACUACAUCACGAUCAGCCUUGUUCAAUCAACCAAGAAUGUCCAUCCAAAAAACGACAGCAACAGCCGCGAUGGAUCAUUUACAAAAAGAUGUCUUGAAGUCAUCUACUAGACCCCAUCAAACUUCAAGCGCUGCAUCUAGUACUGUGCCAAAUAAUUUCCAGGCUGAGUUUACAAACGAUCCUAAAACAGCAGAUCCAAAGCUGUCCAUCAAAACCAAUGCAUCUCAAACACAUGUGAAGGACUCGACAAAUGAUUACAAUAGUACCCAUAGUGUUAAUGGUGGCGAGGACAGCGUUUUAUAUAGAUUAGCUUCAGCGGCUGGAGUUUAUAGUGCACAAUGGGUAUCAGAUGAAAGCUCAAACCCACGUGCAUCAUCAGCUCAAGGAUCAACGGGUUCGACUUCUGAUUUAAAUAUUGCCAGAAGCGAAGUUUCUGAAUAUAUACCAGCCAAAACAACACACAGAGAUACAGAGCAAAAGGCGUUGAUAGAAUCUGGAGAAAAAUAUAAACCCUCAUUUUCCAAACAUACACAGGACAGCUAUCCCCAAGGUACUGCUUUCAGAAAAUCUAAUAGUAGUACAUUUGAAUCCAAACCCUCUCUGUCGCAUCAGCAUUAUUCUCACUACCAAUACAACAAUCAUCAUCAUCACCGAAGAGGUCCUCGCCAUCGUAACUGUAGACGAGAUUACGUAUCUGUCAACCAAUACAUUGACACGGAUCCCAAACUCCAUAAUACUCAAAAAGAAUGCAACACUAUCAUGGACAGAUUUAAAAAAUAUAACAUUCCAAUACGGAAAGAAGUUGUUGAAAGUGCAUUGAUUGUACCCUAUGAUCGGUUUAUUGAACCACCGCCAGAGAUUGAUUUUAAACUGUAUCGGAAAAAAGGGGCACGACAUCAUGGGGUGACAAACUCGACACAUGAGAUGGAUUCUCCAAUGAUAGGGCCGUUGUUGAAUGAAUCGCGACCAGGCACUCGCAAAGAAAGUGGUAUUGCCUCUAUUGUCAAAGAGUUGUCACCCAUUCAGUCUGCAUCAAAAUCCAGUCGAACGCUGGGUACUUUUCGAAAACGAUCUGCAAAGGUGGUGAUCAAUAUGGACAAUAUUGUUGUGCGACCAGCCACUUUACAUGGUUCGGACGAGGCAAGUCGGCACACCGUGCCAAGCAGACUGAAUUGUUGGUGGACACCCAAAGAGUACAAAAGCCUUAAAGACAAUUUCAACCGAUAUCGUCACACUCAGCAUCACUUGUAUAAUGAACGUAAACAAAAGGCAUCGCAGAUUUAUCGACCCCAAACCAUGUUCCAUCAGGAUGCCAAUGUAGUUGCUACACAUUUGGGUAAAAUGAGUAUGCACCGGAAAAAAGGAUCAUUAACAAUCGAUCCAACACAGACAAAGGCAUUUGUUAAGCAGGCGCAAAAAGCAAUGCAUGGGUUUGCUGUGGGUAUUCCCCGAGUGUUGAUUAGCGGAGAGUCUUGUGAGAAAUCUAUACGGCCUGCAUCGACCGAUGUUUCGAUUUUUGAUACCUUUUCAGGGACGUUUGAUGGAACACAGUCGCAUCAUUCGCGAAGCAGAUCAGAGGAUAGAGAUAAACGAGAAACAGGAGUUUAUUUAGUUUCUGAUGGCAAACGAGACUUUCACGAGGGUAGUGCCAACCAUCAUAGGGCACUAUGGAAUGGACACGCUCGAUCAGCUACUACCGAGCCAAAGACUGAGAAAUCUAAAUUUAGGAACACAUUACAGGGAUCAACAUCUGCAGAUGUAUCUAGAUCCAGGGAUAGAACAACAACAAUGUAUCAGCCAUCACUCAAUAUACCAUCUGUGUAUUUUAGUGGGAAUAACAGUAGAAAAAGUCCUGUUGGAGGAAUAAGCCAAGGUGUGCAAUAUGUACAACAACAGUUUAGCAAUAUUCGAUCUGGAUUUUUGUAAUAAACCAAAUUGAUAAUCUUG